GUGCUUCGUGUGCUACGCGACGCGUUGUUUCGCUCGCGCGAAUUCGCAAUUCGCACGGUUCUCCUUCGCACUUUCCAUGACGCCCAAGCGUCUACCGGUGUCAAUGGUGUCCGAGUGUCAGGCGUGAAAAAAAGGAAAAGCGCGAAAAGUCGCGAGUCGCGUUCGAUGCGUUUGCCCGAGAGAGAUCGGUUAAAUCGCGAAGAAAAAAUCGAGCACGGCGAAGCGGAAACGAUAAUCCGACUCUGUCUCUAUAUUCGCUUUUCCGGUUCGCGGAAAAUACGAGAACGCGUGUUGCUCAGUAUGCCGACGGGGGGGAGGUCGUAAAGCGUUAAAUGCGUCGCGACUUCACGUCCGAGCGAGCGUGUAAUCCGUGAAAUCGUCCGGUCGACCGCUGUGAGAGCGGAGAGCGCGAAAAUGGCGGGCCAGCCCGCGAAGAAGGAACUUCUGGAGGAAACUCUACACCAUCAUCCGGAAGGUAGCGAGGAGGAGGUGGACAAAGAAUGGGAGGAGUUCACGAGAUUAAUGGCGAAAUUAAAGGAAAACCGCCGGAACAGACCGCACAGACCGUCGCAGGCGUUCUAUCCAUGCCCGCCGCCGAAUCCGGACGAGGAGCAGCAGGAGUUCGAUCCUUUCGACUACAUAAACACGAUUUACGACCUGGGCACUACUUCGCACUCGGCUCUCGCGCCGACUAUGAUCUUCAACAGGGCGUACUUCGUUUGUAACGACGACUACCUCGCGAAUAUGUAUGGCCGCUACACGAAGGACCUGGGUGAAUACGCGAAGGAAGAGGCACGGAGACUCAAGUACCACGAGAAGGCGAGGCGGAAGUAUGACAAGACACGGGCCGAGGAGCUGCGGAAGUCCAGACGGGGCCCUCUGUGCAGGAAACUGCUCGCCCUGCUGGCCUUCGCCUGGAAGCACACCGGUGCCCGGCUGGGCGAGGACUGGGUCUUCUUGGCUCUUCUCGGCAUCAUCAUGGCCUUCAUCAGCUACGCCAUGGACUGCGGCAUCUCCAUGUGCAACAACGCUAGGAUAUGGCUCUAUCACGAUCUCACGACGCAUCCGGCCCUCCAGUUCCUGGCCUGGGUCUCCUUGCCGAUGUGCCUCAUCCUCUUCAGCGCCGGCUUCGUGCACAUAGUCGCGCCGCAAAGUAUCGGUUCUGGCAUCCCGGAGAUGAAGACCAUCCUGCGCGGUGUAGCCUUGAAGGAAUACCUGACCUUCCGUACCCUGAUCGCCAAGGUGAUCGGCUUGACGGCGACUCUGGGAUCGGGUUUGCCGCUCGGCAAGGAGGGUCCGUUCGUGCACAUCGCCAGCAUCGUCGCGACCCUCCUCUCGAAACUGGUGACGAGCUUCCAGGGCAUCUACGAGAACGAGAGCAGGAACUGCGAGAUGUUGGCGGCGGCUUGCGCCGUCGGCGUCGCCUCCUGCUUCGCGGCGCCGAUCGGCGGCGUGCUCUUCAGCAUCGAGGUCACCACGGUGUACUUCGCGGUGAGAAACUACUGGCGGGGUUUCUUCGCGGCGGUGUGCGGCGCCACGAUGUUCCGCCUGCUGGCGAUCUGGUUCCAGCGCGAGGAGACCAUCACCGCGAUGUUCGCCACCAACUUCACCAUGGACUUCCCCUUCGACCCGCAGGAGCUCUUCGUCUUCGCCCUGAUCGGCGUCGGCAGCGGAUUAGGCGGCGCUUUCUACGUCUGGCUGCAUCGCCAAUACGUCAUCUUCAUGCGGAAGAACAAGAGCAUGAACAACUUCCUGCAGAAGAACCGCUUCCUCUACCCCGGCAUCGUGUCGCUUUUGGUGUCGUCCGUGUCCUUCCCGCUGGGACUCGGGCAGUUCAUGGCCGGUGAUCAGAACACACACGAUCAGGUAUACGGACUGUUCACCAAUUUCACUUGGAUGAAGGACAACCUCGUCGCGGAAGAAAUGAACAUCGUCAAGCACUGGUCGACGCCGUACACCAAUGUCAUCAGUGGCCUACUCAGUUUCGUCUUAUUCACCUUCAUCUUCUCCAUCAUAAGCUCGACGGUACCGGUACCGUCCGGGAUCUUCAUUCCCGUCUUCAAGAUCGGCGCCGCGCUCGGCAGAGCGGUGGGCGAAGCUAUGGCACUCUGGUUCCCCUCGGGUGUGCGUUACGGCAGGAUAAUUACACCUAUCAUACCAGGUGGAUACGCGACGGUGGGCGCGGCCGCCUUCUCCGGCGCGGUGACGCACACUAUAUCCGUCAGUGUCAUCAUCUUCGAGAUGACCGGUCAAAUCACCCACAUUGUGCCGAUUAUGAUAGCGGUGCUGAUCAGCAACGCGAUCGCCGCGCUUCUGCAACCGAGCAUUUACGACAGCAUAAUCCUCAUCAAGAAGCUGCCCUACCUGCCCGACCUGCUGCCGUCCAGUUCAGGAAUGUACAACGUCUACGUGGAGGACUUCAUGGUUCGCGACGUGAAGUACAUUUGGCACGGUAUCUCGUAUCAAAAGCUGAAGGACAUACUCAAGGAGAAUCGCAAGCUUCGCGGCUUCCCGCUGGUGGAUAACCCGGAUUCGAUGAUCCUGCUCGGCUCGAUACAGAGGCUGGAGCUGAUCAAGCUCAUCGAGAAGCACAUCGGCCGUGAGAGAAGAUUGCAGGUCGCGCAAAAGUGGCACAAGGAAGCGGAGGAAAGGGCGCGCGAGGAAAUGGAGCGGCAGCUGCGCGAGCAAGAGAGGACCAGAAGGCCUUCGCGAUUCGAAGUCAUACCGGCCCCGGACAUCCUCAAGAUGCAGCGGCAGAGUGUUAACGAUCUAACGAUGUCGGCAAACAACGGCGGCGAUCAUCACACCUUCCACUCGCCGGUGUUCGGCUCGCAGCCGAAGAAGUCUAUUUUGAAGAAGACGAAUUCCUUCACUCUGAAGGGCUUUAGUCCGCUGGUCAGUCCGGCCGUGACACCUUAUACGACUGUCACAGGCGCAGAAAGCAGGAUACGCCUGGCGUUCGAAGCAAUCUUCCGCAAGUCCGCCACGUUACAAGACGUAGACCCUGAUCCGGAUUUAGGCACCGGCGAUGGCACCAGACGCGAGAGCCAAGAGGCUCUCAACGUGCCGCCACACACGCCCAUGUUAGCGCCCAGCCCGGCAACUUCGAAGAAAGUGCAGUUGCCUCGAGAAAGGGUGAUAGAUAUGUCGGCCGAGGAUCAGAAGCGGUGGGAGGAGAGCGAGAUGGCACUCGAGGUGGAUUUCUCGAGAUGUCACAUCGACCCGGCGCCGUUUCAACUGGUCGAGAGAACGUCUCUGCUGAAAGUCCACAGUCUGUUCAGCAUGGUUGGCGUGAACCACGCUUACGUCACGGCCAUAGGAAGGCUGGUCGGCGUCGUCGCGUUAAAGGAGCUGAGGAAAGCCAUCGAGGACGCGAACGCCGGGAUCCUGCCGAUGCACUGCGAGUCGCACAUCGGUGUGUCGGACUCCAGCCUGGCGAAGAGCGAGACGGACACGGAGAACGGCAAGAACGUCAACACGAUCAUCACCAUCAAUUCCGUGGACAGCGAGAAGGUGGAGAAAGUCUGAAGGAGCUGAGACGGAAACAUAUAUUGUGAUAGCCCGUUGCUCCUGCGACGUGGCCCCGAACAAAAAUGCGAGAGCCGUGUGUUUCACCAAUUUCCCUUUCCCCCUCCUUCCGCUCGAUUCGCGAGCGGACGCGCGACGACAGCUAACAACAUACUCAAACACUCCUCUCGUACUUAAGUCUAAGGUGAGAACAGAAGUUAACGCCCACGGAGAGACGCGAGUGUGCGCACGUAUAGUGUAUAUAGUAUUAUAGUCGCGGCGCGACUCUCCCGGAAUUUUUCCUAUUCGGUUCUAACGGUGAUCGUGCGACGAUUGAUAUUAAGUAAUAUCCGCGAUAUCCGCGCGCGCACCGUCGGGUACGUUUAUUACGUUGCGUCGAGACCAGUAGGCUUCCUUACAUUUGAUAAGGCAAUGUGCAUACGUAUGUGUGUAUACAUCAGCACGUCGAGCAACUACAAUAUAGAUAUGCUCGGGAUAGUGAUUUUACAUUUCGGAGAACGAAGGCGUCCAAGUUCUCAACCAAGCUGUACCCUCUGAACGAGCUGGAGCGACUGCGAGCCGCGCGAGGAUCGGCGCGUACGCGCGCGAGGAGACCCGCGGGUGAGACUCGCGCGUUUUUCACGAAAAGAUGCUGUGAGACACGAGUCUACUAUUAUUACUACUACUACUAUAUAAGCCGUAACUAUAAGUCGAUGUUGAUGAGAUCGCGCGGCUUCCGGCGGAACGAAAGUAUAACUCGAAGUGCCAAAAGCGGCGACGCAGACGCGAGAGACGCGUCUCACUCACGCGUCACUCAGGCUGAUCGUUUAGGUUUACUUCUGCGCCAAUGCUCCUUUAGCUAGGUAAUCCUCUUGCUAUGGUUGUGCCACACUAUUAUUUAUUAAUGUGAUCGUUAAUUAUUAUAUAUUUAAGUGCGCGAGGCAAUUAUCACCGACGUUAGAGAUCGCGAAUUUAGUGAGGAAGCGCGGAGGAUCCCUCCNCCCCCCCCCCCCCCCUCUCUCCCGUCGUUCCACGCGAUACUUCGAGUUAUUCGGAAGCGAAGGUGAGAGGAAUAACGUCCUCUCUCUCUCUCUCUCUCUCUCUCUGUCUGUCAAUCCACAUUUUCUCGAGAACGACCCCUCCGGUGAGCAUUGAUUUUAAGCAGCGCAUUUCUCGGCGCGGAAUCCCCCGUAAGUCCUCGGCCGGGAGUAGGAAAUUAUUAUCCAGGGCAUCCUUGAACGUACUCACGUACCGGCGAGAGAUCGACGUGUCGAUUCGAUGUAAUUCCGAUGUUGUCCCUACGUCGAUUCGAUUAUUCAUUUCUCGCUGGACUCGGCGAUUGAAACGACUGGAGUGAGCGACGAAAAAACGAAGAGUACCUUCUUGCUUGACUCGCGAGAUACACUAUAGAUAUAACAGUUAGAAAGUUGGACGGAAAAAUCAUUAUCGCAAUUUAUUAUUCUAAUAAGUUCGUUGAGCCAUCGGGAGAGACGAUGUUGGCGGGCCCUGCAUCGGCCCGGUAAGCCCAGAGCAGCUACCGUCGUUUUCAUAUUACGCUCCACCGUGUUGACGAGCGAGAGUCGUCGGUUACGUUCGAAGCAUACAUAUAUUUUACAUUCCACAGGACUAGAUUUUCAUCGCAAGCUAGAUAUAUUGUAUAUUUAUUUACGUCAGAACUGUGUACGACGCCGCGCGCGUCCGCGUCGAAUGUAAAUAUACCGCCGCACGUCGUGAGGAAAAAGACAUUAAAUAAUUUAUUACGUUUA